UUUUCGCAAAACAUAACCUCAAUGUUCUCAACAUCGAAGACGUCAAAAUAUGACUGGUACUUUGAAUAUUUUUGUACUUAUUUAAAGUUUUACCCUUUAUAGUAUGAUGUUUGAUACAAUUUUGAAGCAAAAAUGAGCCGUGUAUUAGGAGCACUACCAUUUCCCAGGAUGUUACUCCGUCGGAGGAUCUUUUAUCCCCAGGAUUAUAAAAAUCUCUCGUUUAGAAACGUCUUUGUAAAGUUUUCAAAAAUAAUUCACGAUAAUCCUAAAAUUACUAAGUCUAUUAGGAGAGAAUAUGCAGCUGUCAAAGCGCUGUUGAAACGGUCUGGUUUGCAAGAUUACCAACAAUUGCGACAUAUUCAUUCGAGUUGCAAGAGGUAUCAAAACCAGUCCCCAAACAAUAACAAAAAGCCAAGUGACGAAGAUAAAGAUAAAAUCACAGGAUUGUUGGCCAAAGCCUUUCUGUGGAUGCUGACGACUUAUAUUGUAGUUGCGAUUGUAUCCCUUAUAUUUCCUGGUAGCAAUCAGCCCGAAGUAGUUAGAUAUGUUUCUUGGAAUGAAUUUCUUUACCAAAUGUUGGCUAAGGGGGAAGUAGAACAAAUUAUAGUCCGACCUGAUAUCGAGAUUGUUUCCUUGGUAUUGCACGAAGGGGCGAUUAUUAAAGGAAAGAAGGCUGAAGCUAAAGUCUACCAUAUGAAUAUAGGAAAUAUCAACAAAUUUGAAGACAAGUUGAGAGAGGCUGAAAGAAGACUGGGGAUUCAAGAUGGUGUUCCAGUAAUUUACGAAAGAAACUCAGAUACAGCAGCUAAACUACUUUUUACCUUGGCUAUCGCAGGUUUUUUGGUUGUUCUCUUAUUGAGAAGCAAAAGUAUACGCCCCCCUAUCAGCAUGGAUACAUUCACUCAGUUGGGCAGGGCUAAAUUCACAUUAGUAGAUCCUCUGACUGGACCUGGAAAAGGCGUACACUUCUCGGACGUUGCAGGAUUGAAAGAAGCCAAAGUAGAAGUGAUGGAAUUCGUUGACUACCUCAAACGCCCUGAACAUUACCAAAACUUAGGCGCCAAAGUGCCUAAGGGAGCUUUGCUCCUCGGUCCUCCAGGUUGUGGAAAAACCCUACUAGCUAAAGCUGUCGCAACAGAGGCAAACGUACCUUUCCUAUCGAUGAAUGGAUCGGAAUUCAUAGAGAUGAUUGGUGGAUUAGGAGCUGCUAGAGUGAGGGAUUUGUUCAAGGAGGCAAAAAAGAGAUCGCCUUGUAUAAUAUACAUAGACGAGAUAGAUGCUGUUGGGAGAAAAAGAAGCAACACUCUAGGAGGGACGAGCGGGGAAAGCGAACAAACUUUGAAUCAACUAUUGGUGGAAAUGGACGGAAUGGCGAGCAAAGAGAGUAUUAUAAUGUUGGCGUCAACUAAUCGAGCUGAUAUCUUGGAUAAAGCGUUACUGAGACCUGGCAGAUUCGACAGACAUAUCCUUAUUGACUUUCCUGAUUUGGAGGAGAGAGAUCAAAUCUUUCAGCAUCAUCUGAAAAGCAUAGUUUUAGAACACGAGCCUAAGUUUUACUCUAAACGUCUUGCACAUUUGACCCCUGGUUUUAGCGGUGCUGAUAUUGCUAACGUAUGUAACGAAGCAGCUUUACACGCAGCUAGAUCUAAGCAGAAACAAGUUACAAAGGCGGAUUUAGAGUACGCCGUUGAAAGAUUAGUCGGAGGAACUGAAAAAAGAAACCACGCAAUGUCCCCACAGGAGAAAAAAGUGGUUGCUUAUCACGAGUCAGGCCACGCACUGGUUGGGUGGAUGAUGGAACACACAGACGCACUUCUCAAAGUAACGAUAGUCCCACGGACGACCUUGGCUCUGGGAUUCGCACAGUACAUACCCAGGGAUCAAAAACUGUUCACCAAAGACGAACUUUUCGAGAGAAUGUGCAUGACGUUAGGGGGCCGCGUGGCAGAGUCCAUAACGUUCAACAAGAUCACAACGGGCGCUCAAAACGAUUUGGAAAAGGCCACGAAGAUCGCUUACGCCCAGAUCAGAGAGUACGGGAUGGGUGAAAACGUCGGUCUUAUUUCAUUCCCCGAAUCACGUACCAAAGAAUUGGGGAGGAGGCCUUACAGUAAAAAAUUGGCCAAUGUUAUCGACUUCGAGGCGAGGAACCUCAUAGCGAAGGCGUACAAGCGGACGGAACAAUUGUUGCUGCAAAACCGGGAUAAGUUGGAGAAACUAGCAGAAAGUCUGCUGGAGAAGGAGACUUUGAACUACGACGACGUGGAGGCGCUGCUGGGACCGCCCCCGUUCGGGAAGAAGAAUCUGAUAGAUCCCAGCGAAUUCGAGGAAUUUAUGAAAGAGAAGGAGAACAAGAACAGCGAGGUUCAGAACGACAAAGGAGGCGAGAAGAAUCAGAAGACGACCAAGUGAUCGUUUUCGCUGGUAGAUAGGUGCUAGAAUCGUUUUAUUUCGUGUGAAGUUGAUGGAGGAAUGGAACGAGCUGUAAAUAAAUCGUUUAUAAGA